GCCGGGCCGCCGGCCAUGCCGCCGGCUCAUGCAUCUUUUACCUGCGGCACGCGCGGCUUUUGGUGCCGGCGGCAGUUUGCUUGCGGCUUCGAUACGGAGUGGUAGUGUUGUCGUAUUCAUUUAAAUAACAAAAUGACAGAAUUUAACUGGGAUGAUAGUGCUGUACUUUUAUUAAUAGAAAAGUAUCAAGAAAAUGAACUAUUGUGGAACCCAAGGCAUAUGGAUUUCAAGAAUCGCAACAAAAGAAACGAUGCUGUUAGGGAUAUUGCUUCUGUGUUCAACAUAGCAUCAACAGAAAUUGAGAGAAAACUGAAGAAUUUAUCUAGCCAUUAUUUUCGAGAAAAACGCAAAUUUGAAGAAUCUAAAAGGAGUGGAUCUGGACGGGAUGAUGUUCAAUUGCCGAAAUGGUUUGCUUAUAAGGCGUUAUCAUUUCUUAAUGACAAGAAUGCACCGGUACCGACUCUGAACAGCCACACACCUAGUUCUUCUCAAGAUAAUAUCACUCCCCAGACUACGCUACCUUCGACAAGGACUUCACGAAAGCGAAAUAUAGAGAGAGAACCUGAAGUUGAUGAAGCUUUGCAAUUACUGAGGGAGAUCACGUCUAAUGCAAGGCAACGCGAUGAUGCUGCUAUAUUUGCAGACUAUAUAAGUAGCAAGUUGAGGAAGAUGGAUCAUUACACGAUGUGUACAGUACAACAUCAAAUCCAGAAUAUUAUCUAUGAAGCAGAAAUGAGAAUGGGUUCGAUGAAUUUUGAUACUAGUAAUACUACUCAGCCUCUUCGUUAUCAAAAUGUUCGUCCAGGAUACUUCACCGGCCAACCUACAACGUUAGCAAUGUCACCGUCGCCCUCAACUUCGCGCUCUUACUCUGUUCAAUCAGACUAUGAAAUGCAAAAUAGCCCAGAUGUCAAUACAAGUGACAGUCUGUUACAAGUCUUGGAAAAUAAUUUAACCAAAUAAUUUAACCGAAAAUAGUGUAAUAGAUUAAAAUAAGGUUACAUAUUAAAAUGACG